AUGACUUGCUUUUUAGAAAUUAAUUCGCAUCUUGUGAGUGGAUCAGUUGGAGAUUUGAGACUUAUAAACAAUAUAACACAUUCCACCUCAUCAUUCGGGAUUUAUCGACUCAAAAAACGCUACAAUCAAAUUGCUGCAACUUUCGAAUGCGAGUUACAAAACAUGGUUGGGCACAUGGAAAUCAAAAUUCGUGUUGAUUUAACAGAACAUGUUGAUAUUAGUUGCUUUAUUCAAGUAAUUAGAGACAACGGAAGUUUUGCAGCGAUCGCGGGUUUUGCUCGUAUUACACCAGGUGAUGCGUUUGAAGUUUCAAUCAAACACGGUUUACAGAAAUGGAAAACACGUGGUAAAACUCAAGCAAAUCGAACUCAGAUAUGGGACCGUUCAAUUUUCCUUUUUGAGUGCCAUCAGAACUGCCCUAUCGAUAUCAAGGCAUGCUUCUUAAAAAUCAUUGAUGCAAAAUGUUCUGCUUCAGAAGUUCAUUUUUUCAAAUCUAAAACGUUGUGUGAACGCUCAUUAGAUCCGAUCGAUAUUUUUUAUGCUAGACCACAAUUAGUUACGAUUGGUUUGAAUCAAAUCGGAACAUUAAAGUUAGAAUUAAUAACUCGAUGGAUACCAUUGACGGAUAUUGAGAAUGUAAGCAUAACAAACCAUGUAUAUGAUUCAGUCUUCACUGCUAAUAAUGCUUUAAAUAAUGUGUCAACCAGUACUGAAGCCGUUCCUCAUAGCUCUAAUCAGAAUUCAAAAUCACAACAUAUACUUCGAGAGAAAAAAUUUGGUAAUCAGUUGAUGAGACAAAAGAAAAUGUGGCGGUCAUCAACAAAUAUUUUGGAUAGUGUGUACGACGAAAUAAGCAAGUCAAUUCCUGAUAUCGAUGCGGUAGAAGCAUUACCUGUAAAACGGUUGGGAUUAGCAACAAGAACUGAUUCAAUGCUUGUAAACGAUAUUUGGAGGUAUUCAGUAGGAGCAGCACAAAUUACAUCGAAUGCAAAGCACAAUACUUUUUAUGAGCGCAUCUCUUUACCCUCCCCAGUGCCAACUGAGGCUGAUUUGCUGUAUCUAAUCGAGUUAAUCAAACCAUUCAUUGCUGAUUUGAUUUUCAAACACCCAGAGAUUUCUAUUUACAAGGCAUGCUUGAAUCGUUGGGAAAAAUUAAUAAAGGGAAUAAAUGAAGGAUCAAGCAACCAAAAAAACUCUGCAUUUAAUGUCAUCGAUCGUGACCAUUUAAAUGAAAAUGAUGAAAAUUUAGCUUAUAACUCUGGCGAACAAACAUGUGAAAACGAUAGUGGUAUCGACUCACUUCGACAGUAUAUUUCGCCGUUCAAUGGUAAUAAUUGCGCAACCAUUGAUAGAAUUGGUUACAAUUCUGGCGUCGUUGGUUCAGGUCCAUCUCAACGACGAUUCAGACAGAUGAAAGAAAAGGAAAGAAGAAAAUCUUGUGGAGGGGUUCUCGAUUUGACUACAGAAAAUAAGCGCUUCGGAAAUUCUUGUGAAUCAUGGUUACGAUCUAGUUCAAAUAGUUCGUCAAGUGGUUGUUCACUUGGUAAUUUAUGGAGUCGAACGAUGCCUGAUGGAAUAUCUCUUGAAUUACAUCUCUGCCUUAGACAUCAUUUGAAACGUUGUUUGCUUAUAUUAAAGACUUUAGCAAGUAUCUGUGGACCAUUGGAAUAUCGAGAAAACCAAAUGUUAGGAAGGCUAGAACAAGAAACGUCCACUCUUAGUGAACUACUAAAAUUGGCUGCGAAAUCACCAUCCUUGUCACUGGUUAGAAAAAAUGUCAUACAAGAUUUCGUCAGGGAUGUAAAAGUACAAGAAGUAUGGAUUGCUACAGUGUCUCAUCUGAAUACUACAUUAAUUGUACCAAUAGAGUCUUUGAGACAACAAAUUCGAAGUUAUUUUGGAUCAAUUGUUGAGUCUCGAUAUCCUGAUCUUGUUAGUAGUGUGGUUGACACCGUAAUGUCCUUAUUGACGGACAAAAAUAAAUGGGAACCAGAGCAUAUUACGAUUUUUCAGUUUGUCGGUUUAUUCCGUGGAAAGCAUGUUAUUUCAUUUGUCGAAAAUUUAGCCCAUGAAGCUUUAAUAACCUCAGAGCUCAGCACACGUCAGGUAAGUCGUGUCAAAGUAGUCAUGGAUCGUUUAUCUCAGGUCCCAGUUGUUCCUCCAUUAGAAAGUUUACGACAUAUUUCACUCGUUCUAGUUUGUCCAGAUCGUCAUUUGCAGUCAAUUAUUGAAGGUUAUCUCACUUCUGCACGUGGGCAGAUGCACGUUGAUCUGGUGAUGUGUUAUAUUUGUCUUUUGGAACAUGAGAAUGAACAGAGUCGAAAAGGUGCUUGCCGUGCUUUGGGAAUACUUCGAUCCGUGGAAGCGUUAAAAUAUUUGGCAUAUUUGUGGGCUGCAGAUCAUUCAAAAGCUGUACGGGAAGAGGCAUAUGCAGCUGCAGAAAAAAUGGGAUGUGAUUUGGAGGAUCGUAGCAAUUUUGAAAUUACCAAAAUUUAA